AUGGAUACAAAGAUCAAAGCUCGUCUCCUCAUCAUCUCUGACACACAUGGUAUGGACUUCAGUCCUGCGGAUAAGCCACUCCAACAGGCAGACGUCGCCAUCCAUUGCGGCGAUCUGACGGACGGCUCCAAGCUUGAAGAGUUCCGGACAGCCGUUCAACUACUUAAAGACAUCAAUGCACCCUUUAAGUUAGCCAUUGCGGGCAAUCACGAUUUCACCAUGGAUAUUCCCACGUAUGAGAAGAAGGUGGUAGAAGCAGUGCCACCAGUAGAUCCAGAGCUCGUAGUGAAAGAGUACGGUGCUGUAGGAGAAGCAAGGCGGUUGUUUGAAGAAGCGAAGCACGCAGGUAUAGCGUUCCUCAACGAAGGGACUCACUACUUCACACUCGAAAAUGGGGCGCUGCUAACGGUCUAUGCCAGUCCAUAUACACCUGCAUUAGGCACAUGGGGGUUUCAGUACCAUCCAGAACGAGGACACGACUUCUCCGUUGGGAGAGGAGUCGACAUCGUCAUCACUCAUGGUCCACCAAAGGGCAUCAUGGAUUACACUUACGGGCGAGAAAGGGCGGGAUGCCCAUACCUUUUCGCAGCUGUUGCCCGAGCCAGACCACGGGUACACUGCUUCGGCCAUAUCCACGAAGGUUGGGGUGCAAGACUGGUUACCUGGCGAGAUGUCUAUGGCGGGCAACCGACGCAUUUCACAGCUAUUGACAACGAGAGGUCCCUUGUGGUAGAAAAGCUUGCACACCUAGAGCCAUCCAGAUUCGACACCCAGGCGGACGCGGAACAGAGAUUGAAGAAACUGGAACGUUACAGUCAGGACAGAUGCUGUGCGACCAGCCAUUGCCUCGCAGAUGAAAAUCCUCUCGAACAUGGCAAGCAGACGCUGUUCGUCAAUGCGGCUAUAUCCGGCAGUGGGUACCUAGUGCAAAGGCCGUGGCUAGUUGAUGUCGAGCUACCGAGAGCUUGCUAG